UUUUGUCACAUUUAUCAGUAAUUGUCAAUUGAUGUCUAGCUAGAGUAGCUAGUGUUUAUUAGAUCUGCCCAAACUCGAAUCUAAUUUGUGUAAUUUAGUGGAAUAAACUUAAAAUUAACAUGGCUGGAGAAGUAGGUAAAGCUUCAAAACCACAAUUGCGUGGUCUUUUGCAGAGUCAAAUUAGACGAAACAUUAUCGUAGCUGCUACUGUAGCUGCGGCUGCAGCUGUAGUACAAAAAUUUCUGUACAAUGAUGGGCGUAUAAAAGUUUAUGCUGAUUUUUACAAGAACUAUGAUAUUGAGAAGGCAUUCAACCAAAUAAGGAAUAAAGGAUUAUUUGAUUCGUGUGAACCCGAUAAUUGAAUUAUU